GAGAGUGUUCGCGGUGAUAGCGCUCCCAAACCUCCAACAUAGAGAAACGGCCGGAUUUGUGAACAUUGGCGCGACUCGCGACUGAUCACACGUCGUGACGUCAUGUCAGCAGCAGCAGCAGCGCUUCUUGUCGCGCUGCUCUCGUCCGUGCACAAGGACGCGCGCUCCCUGAAAUGCUACUCAUGUUCGUUUUCAUACAAUGAAAUGUAUGAUUUGGAUCAUCGAGAUGCGUGGUGUGCGAACGAGUCACUGGUGCUGUUCGACACAGAUGAGACGGCGAAGACGUGCGCCCCAUGGGAGAAGUUUUGUGUGACUGCUGUCAAUACGAUAAACAAGGCGUUCACGUCGGUGAGCCGUGGAUGUGGUGAACGGUGUUCGGAAUUGUGCGAAUCGGUCGGAUAUGGGCAGGAUCAGGUGAAUUGCGACGAUUGCUGCGAAGAAGACCUCUGCAAUGCAAACUUUUCCGUCACCUAUUAUCAGGAGAUGAUGAGCCGACAGUACACGUCUUGGACUGUUCCGCUCAAGGGAGAAAUUGAAUGGAAUAGAAAAAGCAAGCUUAAAUUUCCCUACUAGACCGUUACGAAGCUGUUCAUACGAGGUUUACGUAAGAUUUCAAUAUUUGCUGUUUUCUGUACUUAUGAGUCCGUAAAUGCUGCACUGUCUAUAAAUAAACAUGUUAUUACUGC